UUUUACUUUAUUCUGCAAUAUUGUCGGCGAAUAAUUGUUGCAAAUCAUUUUUAUUUUACUUCGUUUUUCGAUAUUAUCAAUAGUUACUGAAAAUUAUUUUCGUUUUAAUGUAUCUCUCGAUAUCGUCGGCAAUAAUUUGUUACAAAUUAUUUUUAUUUUACUAUAUUCUGUAAUAAUUACUGCAAUAGUUACGUUUUUAUUUCAAAUUAUUUUCCAAUAUUGUCAACAAUCAUUGUUGCAAAAGAUCAUUUUUAUUUCACUUUGUUUCGCAAUAUUUUCAACGAUAAAAAUAAAAUUACGUUCCUUUUGAAUAUCGUGAAUAAUAAUUCUAACAAAAUUGAGAUUCUUAAACGUACAAAUGUAUGACGAAAAAAAUGAUAAAUGAAUUUGAUAAAAUUUUUAUUGGACGAUGUUUUUACAUUGAUAUUAAUCCGAUUAGAAUCGUUUUACGAGGUCUUACGUCACGAAUUUUCAUAUUUCGGAAUCAAUUUCCCAACGCUUACGUCGUCGUAAGCUCGCGAGAAUUUCUGGACAUUGAAAAUCAAUGCCAAUGUUCAGCUGGGGUAGAAAUUAUUGAGAGAGCGAGAGAGAGAGAGAGAGAGAGAGAGAGAGAGCAAAAGAAUGAGUAGAGGGGUGAAGAGAGAAGGGAUGGUUACGGGACAAAGAACGCAGUACCGGCAUAUUGAUCUGUCGUUCCCAGACGGUCUGAACCGUCUGCCACCGAACGAAUCCGAAUUUAAAGCGAGCGACGAUGGUCACAUGACUAUGAUAAAAAUUCAACGGUAAAUUUAUUCCAUAAUUUUUCAUCACCUAUUUUUUUUUCUUUUAGAUCAUACAACAUUAAUGAGUUCAUACAAAUUAAAUAUAAUGCAGUAAGGAAAAUCAUCCUUGUCCUUCAAUGAAGAAAAGAAACAAAUGUUUUAUAUAUAUAUAUAUAUAUAUAUAUAUAUAUAUAUAUAGUGUAAAUAGAUAUGUGUGUGCAUUAUAACCAAAUGCGCCAUUAUGUCGUAUGACAUUUCUUUUUCAUUCACGUACUUAUUAAUAUUUACUCAAAAUGAAAAAUAAUGUAACGAGCUUUAAAUAUAGUAAUUAAUAGUAAUUGAAGUGUUAUAAUUAUUUCAUAGAGAAAAAAGAAAAAAAAAUAUAUAUAUAUAUAAAGUAUAUUCGAAAUACGCGUGGCUCAAUAUUCUCAUCGUUCGCGUUAAUCAAAAAAGAAAAAAGAAUUUAUUGAAAUUAAAAAUAAUCCAAUAAAGAUUACAUUGGAUUAUAAAAGUAAUUAAAAUUUUGUUCGUCUUUUCAUAAAAGGAUAUACGAUAUAAGGAUUUUUGAGGGAGGAAAAGAAACGCGCUCGCCAUGUCGUCACGCGCCAUUUUCUUUACGAUUCGCUUUGUUAAUUAAAUCAAAUGAAAAAUUCAUUGCGAUUAAAAAUAUUGCAAUGAAGAUUAAAUUUGAUUAGAAAAAUAAUUGAAAUAAUGUUCAUCGUGUCGUGAAAAAAAUAUAUAUAUCUAGGUGGAUGCUUUUUUAAGAAACGUGUCGCAAUGUCAGUGUCUUUUUUCUUUCUUUUUUUUUUUUAUUAAUACUCAUUAAUGACGAAUAAACGAUAGAAAAAAAAAGUAUUAUUCUGCAAUGCAAUUUUAUUCGAUUGUACAAUUUGAACAUGGCACAUGACUCGAGGUAAAGGAUCCUUCAGCUUUAAGGGUCAACAUACGCGAUCGUUACCGCUUAAGGAGUAUCGUCACACGACAGUUCGAACUAAGUAUUUCGUCAUCGUUCUUCUAUAUCACAACUUCGUAUCGGACUUGUCACGCGAUAUAUUUAUUUCAUUUUUUAAUUAAUAUUUUUAUAUAAGGGCAUCUCCUUAAAUAGAACAAACUAUUUUUAUUGUAUAUAUAUAUAUAUAUAUAUAUAUAUAUAUAUAUACACACACACACACACAUAUACAUUUUUUUCUCCUUCUAUCUCUCUAUCUCUCUCCAUCUCUCUCUGUUCGCUCGCAAUAAUUCAAUAAAAUAUUUAUAUGUUAAUGUGUACGUGCAGUUGAUAAAAAAUGAAUAGUUAAAUAUUUUUAAAAUAUCGUAAAUCUCGUGACGUAAGUCGAAGACUGAAUUUUACUUGACUUUUACGACUACAUUAAUAUUAACCAAUCAGAAUCCAAUAAAGUUUUAUGCUACGAUUUUGUACAUUUUGAAAUCUCAAUUUUAUACAUUAUAUAUAAAUACAUAAAUAUAUAUACAUAUAUUUCGAUGCACAUUCGCCAUGUUCCAUCGUCUUUAAAGCAUGCCGUGCAUGUGCGUACCUUCGACGUACUGUUAUUGAUCAUGGCGCAUUAAAGCCGGGAGACCUCUUGGAGAUACGUGGAGAUCAAUGACGUCUGCUUUAAUGACAUCAUUCUUUACUCGAAAAAACAAAACUUGCAAAAUUUAUUUCGAUAUUUUACAAUUAAUUUUUUCCUUCGAUUUUAAUAAUCGAAAGAAAGAAAGAAAAGGAAAGAAAAGAAUAGAGAAGAAAAAAGAAGAAAAGAAAGAAAAACAAUAUAAUUUAUGUAAUUCAAAUUGAAAAUAAUAUUAAAAGUUAAUUUUAUUUCGAGGAAAGUAUCAAAAUAAUUGAUAAAUUUUUUCGGCAGCCAUUUUUAUCGAAUGGGAUGAAUUUGAAAUCUGUUUCGUCGAAAAAAAAGAUAUAUAUAUAUAUACACAAACAUAUAUUUCUUUUUCUUAUUGAUUCAUAAAAUUUUUCUUAUCGUUUACGUGCACUAGGAAUAUUCGUACUAAACAGGUCGUUCCCUUUAAGGGUCGAUAACAGAGUGUAUAGAAAUCUUACGGUGCGGAACCAGAUGUGCAGAACGUUUCGCGACGUCGCAGAACAUGCUGGAUCGUUCCGCGACGCGGAACGUUCCGUUUCCGUUCGAAAGACCGCAAGAACAUUAAAUUACUGUCUUGUUAUCGUCGCCGAUAUAAUGAGACCACAAUACGAGAUAGAUGAACCAAAGAAAAAAAUAAGACAACGAAAAUCGGAUAACGAAUGUUAUUGCAAAAAACAGGAAAAUACCAAAGAAUCUCAAUAUUUUUAUCCCAGCACAACGAGUCUUAUCGAUCAUAGCUCUGUACAUUCUUCACAAUCUCGAAGAAUCUCAGAAGAAGUUGAAAAUUCAAGGGAAAAAACAAUUGAUCGAAGAUCUACAACUAUUGAUUUUGAUAUCGAAUUGUCGGACAAGCAAAUAUCCAAGACGAAUGACCUCGAGAGCCCAUUGUUUACUCCUGAUACACAAAGUGCAAUCGAGAAUGCAGAAAAAAUACUCGAAGAAGUACAACAUAAAAUAACAGAAGCUACUUGGCUAUAUUCUAAAACUGAAACUAAACGCAGAGUUAAAAAGAAGGAAAGGUAUACCGAUUAUCUGGAACCACCUUUAGAAGAUGAAAAAGAAGAAGUACUAUACAUACGCGAACUUGUGUCCUCAAAACUGAAAGAAAUCGAUCAUGGAGAGACCGAAAGCAACUCGGAAAGAGACGAGAUUUUGACAAAGAAAAUUACGGAAAAACGUGACAAAAGAAUUGCACGAUUGUUGGAACCAAAAUUUCGAAUUGCGAAAAGAUGUUCCAGCGAUAUUCUUUAUCGACAAAGAAAUCGCUAUUGUUGCGUACCUUACGAACAAGUCGAGCUUCAUAAUUCAAAAAGUACGAUCUCGAAAAAAGAUGAAACAACGAAAGAUGAUAGAGUCGAUGAUAAUAAACGUAAGAUAAAAACUUUAACGAUUCAAAAUGGUCCACCAUUAAAUAUCAAAAGAGAAUUGACGAAACAAAAUUUGGGCUACGUGAACAUAUCACCCGACGCAUCUUUCGUUCAUAAUAAUUCUAACGUUAAUAUUUACGAAUUCCGUCAUGAAUCUUGUAUAAAUAAUAAAUCAUUGAAAAAUAAUAAUACGAAUGAAUCAAGAAUGAAAGAAACGAUCGAUGAGAUCGAUGAAAGUUCAAAGAAUCGAUCGAUUAAUAAAAAGUUUAGAAUAAGAAAAAAACAAGACGAAAUUGAGAAAGAUAUAACACGAUAUAAAUCUAUUUCGAAGGACGAAGAUGAUUCUUAUUCUAAAGAUUUGAUAGACGAAAGGAGGAAUGAUCUAUCGUCCGAACGUGAAAUAAAUAAUGGACGGGAAGAGAAUAAAGAUCGAGAGAACGUUUCGAAACAUCUGCCAAGGACAGGUGUCGACUGUUUUCUUUCGAAUGGCGAACCAAACUCUUCUUCUUCUUAUUCGGAUCGUAUUAAACGUAUACCCUUAAAUAACCGAGAAAUUGUUAUUAAAAGCGUUAAUCCUUAUGCCGAUACAGUUACGUCAAAAAGAUUUAUAAAGGAAUUUGAGAAAAAGUAUACGAGUAAAUCUCACGAUGAUGAUGGUAAUGACGAGCGUGAUGAUCACGAUGACGGGGACGAUGAAAAUGUUAGUAAUUAUAGAGAAAGGAUCGGUAGAAAUCCGAGUGAAACUUCUUUAGAUAAUAUCAAAGAAAUCGAGGAAGAUAAUAUUAAGAUAUUAAAAAAAAAUAAAAGGACGGAGCAUGAGAAAACUUUUAAAAUGAUUCAUAAACAUGAUUUACAAAGGCACCAAGAGAAAAAAUUAUAUAACAAGAUCGACGAACGUUUUGAAAAAAUUUUUCAAAAAUACAGUUUAAAAAAUAAUUCAUCGUAUAAAUCAAAAGAUGAGAGAAGAAAUAUUUCAGAUGACAGUACGCAAGAUUCAGAUAAUAGUAAUUUUAAUGAGAUCGAAUUAAAUCCACCCUCGAUCGAAGAUUUCAAUGAUAUAUUCUUUCUCUACGAUAAAAUGAUCGAAAGUAUUUCUAAGGGUGAAAAGAAAUUAGAAGAAAUGUUAGAAGAAUUUCAAUUGAAAUUAUCUACUCAAUCGCAUAAUACUAAGUUACCUAAUAAUACUGAUGUUACACGUUGUAACUUAAUAGCCCUUAAAAGUGAUGAUACGAAAUUAAUGAAAUUAAAUCCUUCGGAACUUGUAUAUAAACAUAAAGAAAGUGAUGAAUCAACGUUAUCCUUAUCAAACGAAGCAAUAAUCGUUAUACCUAAAGAAGAUAAAUUACAAACUAAUCCGUGUAUCACAAAAGAUUAUUCGUCAUUUACUAAUAAAUUAUGUAAUUUAAGAGAGGAAACUUCGAAGAUUCUUACGUAUUCAUUGGAACAAAAACAAAAUGAUAAAUCGAUUGAUAAAAUUAUUACAUUAGAUAAGUUUAAUUUGUCUUCUAUCGAAUUAAACGUAGAAAAUAUUCCUGACGUAGAAAAUAAAACGUUAGAUAUUUUUUCUAAUAAUGGAAAAGUUAUGGCUUGUGUUCCUCUUUCAACAAAUUAUCGUUCUAAUAAUAUUGACGUCCUCGAAGAUUUGCAAAAGAAUGACGAAUCCAAUCAAACAUCAUUUGAUAAUGAGGCAUUACUUCUUCCUAGAACUUCAAAAUGUUUAUUGGAACGUCAAGAUCAAUUUGUCGAUCAUCUAUCUUUGGAGAAAAAAAUCAAUUUUGAACGUUCGAUAGUUAAUAGAUUAUCGAAUGUAGAAUAUAAUCCUUUGAUGUUACAAGAAUUAAUCAAGCAUUUGCAAAUGCUUUCGAAUGCGUACAAUCAUGAUAUUCCUACUAUUUUACAAAAAUUGUUUACUGAUACCAUGAACCGAGAAUCCGAUUUAAUCUUAGACUUUUUAUCUAUACAAAAACAUGAUUACGAAAAUGAAAAAAGUUGUUCGUUGAAAGCGGUUGUGCAAGAGAGCGAAUGCAAAGUGCAGGACGACGUUAUCUCUAAUACAAGUUCUCUCAACGAUACUGCAUACAAUCCUAUGCAAUAUAAUCAAAAAUCUAUUGAAAUUUAUCCAUUAAAUACCAUGGAGCUCAAAGAUAGCAAAAGUUCGAUCGAUGAAUUAAAACAAAAUGAAGUAUUAGAAAAAAGUACUCAGUACGAUAUUUCACACGAACAAGACAUUCUCGAAUGUGAAGAUCAAAUUGUUAAAGAUAUUUAUUUUGAUAAAAAAAUUGAAGAACAAGUAUCCGAUAAAAAAUCUGAAGUAGAAGAAUAUCCUUCAGAACAGAAACGAGAAAAUUAUUCAAACAGUACAAAAUUAGAUUUUACUAUAAAUGAUAAUACCGAUAAAAAUGAUAAGAGCUCUGAUAUAAAUAUGAUAGCUUUCAAUCCGCACUUGCCUACAAAAGUAAUUGAUAAGUUAUCAGAGGGUGAAGAUUUCAGUAAUACGUCCGAUGCAAAUAUUGAAAAUAUACCUGUUACACAUAUUACUACGACUUCAUCGGAAACGUCUCAUUCUGAAGGAGAAUUAUACUUGCCAAAUUCAUGUUCAUAUUCUCUUGGAGAAGUUAGAGUUAUGAAAAAUUCAGCAGCCAUAUGUAAUCGUGCCCUUGUUAGUAAUAGUACAUUGACUUAUUUAUGCGAUACUACGAGUUUAUUACAUUACAGCUCAGGCGAAGUAAGUAUAGAUAGCACUGAUAUUCUUUAAAAUAAAAAUAAUUUAAUCGUAUAUAUAUGUUAUGUAAAAAUAAUAUGUCUAAAUCAAAGUUCGCUACAUGUGAUCAAUUUUUGUAUAUUUUAUUCAUAAAAAAUAUAUGUACAUACAUGUAAAUAAACAAUUCUUAACUGGUAUAUUAUUAUCAUGAUAUAGCAAAUAUUACUAUAGAUAUUUGGAGAUUAUUAUCACCUGAAGAAACGUCCACCUGAUAAUAAGUAAAAAGGAACAUACGAAUGACCACGUAAAUUUCUAAGCUCUGUUAAUUACAAUAUGAAAUGGAAAAGUAAAAAGAGAACUUUAUAUACGAUA